AUUGGCAUUGGAAUUAACAUUGGCAUUUCAAAUUAAAGUGAAGCCAUCGAAAUUGUAUUGCGAAUCACAAUUGGGGCAAGAUGCGCGUGAGUAAUAUACGCAGCGGCCGCAUCUGCCGCAUGGCAUUGUGCCUGCUGGUCAUCUUGCCGCUGCUCUAUCUGCUGGCCAACUGGAGCGAUCACCACAAGCGCGUCCAAGAGGCGUAUCACACGCGCUUCGGCGGACCCAAGUUCAGUCAUCAGCGGCUCGAGAAUCGGCCUCGGGAGGUGCCCACGCUAGUGGAGGGCCUGGGCAAUUUCGAGCCCAGAGAUCUGAAGCCACGCACCGGUCCCGGCGAGAACGGAGAAGGGCACAUUCUGUCGCCCGACAAGAAGAACGUGGCCGAUGCCUCCGAAAUGGAAUAUGGCAUGAAUAUCGCCUGCUCGGAUGAGAUAUCGAUGCAUCGUUCGGUGCGUGAUACACGCCUUGAGGAGUGCAAGCACUGGGACUAUCCCUACGAUCUGCCGCCCACCAGUGUCAUCAUUGUGUUCCACAACGAAGGCUUCUCCGUCCUGAUGCGCACCGUCCACUCGGUGAUCGAUCGCUCGCCCAAGCACAUGCUGCACGAGAUCAUUCUGGUGGACGAUUUUUCGGACAAGGAGAAUCUGCGCGGCAAACUGGACGAGUAUAUCCUGCAGUUCAAGGGCCUGGUCAAGAUCAUACGCAAUGCGGAACGCGAGGGCCUCAUACGCACACGCUCUCGUGGCGCCAUGGAAGCUACAGGUGAGGUGAUUGUCUUUCUGGAUGCGCAUUGUGAGGUGAAUCUCAAUUGGCUGCCACCGCUGCUGGCGCCCAUUUAUCGUGAUCGCACCGUGAUGACCGUGCCCAUCAUUGAUGGCAUCGAUCACAAGACUUUCGAGUACCGUCCGGUCUAUGGCAGCGACAAUCAUUUCCGCGGCAUCUUCGAGUGGGGCAUGCUGUACAAGGAGAACGAGGUGCCACGCCGCGAGCAGCGUCGUCGUGCCCACAACUCUGAGCCGUAUCGCAGUCCGACGCAUGCGGGCGGCCUCUUUGCGAUUAAUCGCGAGUAUUUCCUGGAGCUGGGCGCCUACGAUCCGGGCCUGCUUGUCUGGGGCGGCGAGAACUUUGAGCUGAGCUUCAAGAUCUGGCAAUGUGGCGGCAGCAUCGAGUGGGUGCCCUGCUCCCGUGUCGGCCACGUCUAUCGCGGCUUUAUGCCCUACAACUUUGGCAAGCUGGCGAGCAAGAAGAAGGGCCCAUUGAUUACCAUCAACUACAAGCGCGUCAUUGAGACCUGGUUCGAUGACACACACAAGGAGUUCUUCUACACGCGCGAGCCGCUGGCGCGUUACCUGGACAUGGGCGACAUUUCCGAGCAGCUGGCGCUGAAGAAGCGCCUCAACUGCAAGUCCUUCCAGUGGUUCAUGGACAACAUUGCCUACGAUGUGGUGGACAAAUUUCCGGCGCUGCCCGCCAACUUGCAUUGGGGCGAGCUGCGCUCGGUGGCCUCCGAUGGCUGCCUGGACUCCAUGGGCCACCAGCCGCCGGCCAUCAUGGGCCUCUCCUAUUGCCAUGGCGGUGGCAAUAAUCAGCUGGUGCGCCUGAAUGCCGCUGGACAGCUGGGCGUGGGCGAACGUUGCGUGGAGGCCGAUCGCCAGGGCAUUAAGCUGGCCGUCUGCCGCUUGGGCACCGUCGACGGACCCUGGAGCUACAACGAACAGACCAAGCAUCUGCUCCAUCGUGUCCACAAAAAGUGCAUGGCUCUGCAUCCGACGACACAGCAGCUCUCGCUGGGGCAGUGCGAUGUGAACGAUGGCUACCAGAAGUGGCUCUUCAAGGAGAUACGUCCGCACUGGUAGGAGUGAUCGGACGAGAUUAAGGCAGCCAGGCGUCAAAGCAAUAUCUAACAAGGGUUUCAACGGGGUACGAGCAACGAGUGGGCAGGCAGGGAUCUAAAUGAUGGGGGAAAUGG